UCCACAGCUGUUAUUUUGUUGUCUCGUUACUUACUUGUAAAUAUUUACACAUUUAUGCAAUGGUCAAGGUGGACGUAGAAUACUGCGGCAUCUGCAACUUCAGCGGCCAGUGCCAGCUGCUGCGCCAGUUCCUCUUGGCCGCCAAUCCCGAGGUGGAGAUAACAUGCCGGCAGGGCCGACGCGGAUCCUUCGAGGUGGCCAUCGACGGUCACCUGGUUCACUCGAAGCUCGCCUGCCUGGCCUUCCCGCAGCACGACAGCGUCCUGGCCCAAGUCCAGCGCGCAGAGCGUGGCGAGUCCGUGAAGACGGUCCAGGAGCAGCCCAUCAAGGACUGCAGCGUGAUGUAGAGUGGAUUCGAAUGGGAAACGAUCCCUAAGAUUGACUGUGCACAUAUGUAUGUAUAGUGCUAUUAAAACAGUUUAAAUUCGAGGAUCUUAAGCUGAAGAGGAGCUGUGGUUCCACAUAGAUAAAACUUAAAGUAGGUUACCUCAAAUUUAGAAGGGGUAAGGAUGCUUUUAAAUUAAUCUAUAUCCUUUAAUGAUUCAACUUCUACAAAUCCUUGUCGUAAUUAAAAGGAGUGCCAUUUCCUUAGGCAGUUAAUAAAGGGCUUCAUGGGCAGGUCUUCUUUUAG